AUGCCUAUGAAAGGAAGGUUUCCCAUCAGGAGGACUCUGGAGUACCUCCAGAAGGGCGACAUCAUCUUUAAAAACAGAGUGAAGAUCAUGACGGUCAAUUACAACACACAUGGAGAGCUCAGCGAAGGAGCAAGAAAGUUUGUGUUCUUCAGUAUUCCUCAGAUUCAGUACAAAAACCAGUGGCUCCAAAUAAUGAUGUUCAAAAAUAUGACGCCAUCACCAUUCUUGAAGUUCUACCUGGACGACGGGGAGCAAGUUGUGGUGGAUGUGGAAGGGAAGGACCACAAGCAAAUUUCACAACAUGUAAAGAAGAUUUUAGGCAAAUCAGAAGAAGUGUUACAAGCUGAGGCCCUAGCCAGGAUGCAGUUCUCUAACCCCGCCAACUUUGGGCCCAAAAAGUACUGUCUGAAGGAGUGUAUCUGUGAGGUGGAGGGCCAGGUGCCGUGUCCUGGCACCAAGCCGCUCCCCAAGGAGAUGACGGGCAAAUAUCUUGCCCAGAUGGCAGCGUCACAGGAGUGAGAGCCCGAGAGGGAGAGCGGAUUAUUGUAUAAUCACUGGACAAUAUGGUGUUAUGUUGUUAUGUUUGAUUUUUUACAGUCACAUAAAAGGACUGCUGCAUUGCAUAUUUUGUUAUGAAUAUGUGCAACUGAACUGGUCCCACCGUGCUGUGUGCAUUGUGAGAUCGUCACCUGCUGGACCGAGACUUUCCAGUCCAACGAAAGCAGCAGGAACCAACCAACACGUAACAUUAUUUGGACCAGGUGUGGAAAUUUUUUUUUUUUUGUUCAGCUGCCACUGUGGCUGCUUGAUUCCAAAAUCUAACAGCCACUGAAUAGAUAAAGAUUGUUGGGGUUUUUUGGCUGGUGAGUGAAGAGAAUCUAGCAGCCACUUGCAUGUUUUACCAGUAUUUGGCUGGUGGCUGCAAAUUUCCAACCCUGGUUUGGACAGUCAAUUCUCUGAGUGCUCCUAACUUAGCUUCAAAAAAUUGAGCGAGGAGUCUUAGCUUAGGAGUGAUUUAGGAAAAUUCGCAGAGCAACUCUGAGUGAGGAAGGGACAGAAACUUUUACCUUACUGAGGAGGUGUGGUUGACCCUGUUGUUAGGUAUGAUGUAUCCCUUUAACAGAUGUGAUUGGUUGUCCUUUUAUGAGCCUGUGUUUUUCCAGGUCUAAAAUAUCUUGCUAUGACUUUCAAGUGUUCAUUACUGCAUUGGUUGGGAGAUGUGUGUGAAAAUCUUUAAUGAGAUCAACCACAAACUUCCUUCCUGCACCAACUUAUCUCUAGCAUUUCAUAAACACAGUCAUUCAGCCUUUGGAGAGUAUUUCUCUUACUUCUUUUCCUUUUCACCAUUUUCUCCCCUCCUUAAAAGUCCUCCUCCCUGCUCCACAGUUUUUCACCUUGGGAGCUCUCUAAAGGGCUAAGAUGCUUUGUGAAUAACUUAUCUGUAUAAGGAUUUAGUCUUAACUCUAAGGGGAAAUUCAUAGAACAUGAUUUUUCUUAGAAUUUCAUCACCUGGGGCAACUCUUUGUACGAGAAAGCUUCGUGAAUAUGGCCUCAGGUGUUUGUACCGGAUGUGGCCUGGUUGUAGAAUUCACACACCCAGCACAGUGGUUUGAACAUUGAAAUAAAAAUGUCUUGCCUGUUCAGCUAUAGUUGUCGCUCUGUGUUAACACUAGUAAAUCUGGGGUCUUAUUCACAAAGCUUACAAAGAGUUUGUGGAAUUGUGAUGUUUUUUUUAGAAAUUUCCCUUAAAGUUAAGACUAGGUCCUUGUAAAGAUAAGUCAUACACUACUUAAAAGACCUCCUAAGGCGAGAAACUGUACGGAGCAGGAGGGGGACUUUUAAGAGGCUUAAGAGUUUUUUCAUCAGAGGAGAAAAUGGUGGAAACACAAAGUUUGUAGAAAUAUUCUCCUAACGCAGAAUGACAGUGAGCAAAUGAAAUGCUACAGAAUAGCUCGUGCAUGGAUAAUAUGUGUGGUUGAUGUCAUUAGGGAUCACUUUUCCCAACUUACGCUAUGACACCAGAAAUAAAAUGAUUACAACACUAAGAUACUUGGAAAACUGGAAAAAUCCAGCAGUGAUGUCUUGGGUCUGUCUCAACCUUCCAUCAGCAGAGUGAUCACACUAACAGUGACAACACU